AUGAGUUUAAAAACUUUUAGCGAUAGUGAUUUUGACGUAAAAAUAAUUGUUGGAAAUGGACAAAAUAUUAAGGAAUUUAAAGCGCAUUCAACAAUUUUAAGUUCACGUUCUCUUUAUUUUCAAAGAGCUUUAUCCGGACGAUGGAGUAACAAGGAACAUGAUUUUUAUGUUAUUAAAAAUCCAAAUAUUUAUCCAUAUACUUUUAAGAUUAUUCUUGAUUACAUUUAUAAAGAAAAAACCAUAUUACGAGCAUCUGCUGAAACUUGUUUAAAUUUAAUGGCAGCAUCUGACGAACUUGAACUUCUUAAUCUUGCGGAAUGUGCACAAAAACAUUUAAUUAAAAAGCAUUCUUCUUGGUUAUUAAAUGAAGCUCCAUAUUUUAGCAAAACUUCAAAUAGUUUUAUUUUUUCGUUUACUGAUCCAUCAAACCCAAUAUUGAGUAGAGUAAUUAUGAACAAUAAGGCCAUUUGGAGUGAUAAAUAUCAUGGGCCUUGCUUUGGAAAUUCAGACUUAUGCAUGAGGUUAGACCAUUGGGAAAGUGUUUGUACAAACUAUUAUUGUAACAUAGUUGAUUUAUCCCAGUUUGCUGUUGAAGAAUAUGAAGUUUUUGCUGUUUAUAAUUUUAAUUCAAGCAAAACCGCAAUUCUAAAAAGGAUUCAGCAGUUUAAAAAUGCUACAAAAUGGGUGGCUCAAAUUCUUGAAAUCCUCGGAAUCCUGGUACCUGGAGAAUUCUUGAUAUCUGAAGAAUGA